AUGGUUAGAUUCAAAUACAAGACCUUGAAGACCUAUCUUCCCCGGGUACGGUUUCUCACGGUGCAUUAUGCCUACUUCAUUGGGGUCUCCUUCAUCACCUCGGCCAUCUUCUGGGGCACGUCUUCACCGGCCCAGAGUGUUCGAUACAUUGACUCGCUAUUUUUGACUGUCAGCGCCAUGACCCUCGCUGGCCUGAAUACGGUCAAUCUGUCUACGCUGAAUACGUUCCAGCAAGUCCUGCUGUUCUUCCUCAUAAUGUUUGGAUCCGCGAUCUGGGUAUCCAUUGCGGUGGUCCUAGUUCGUAAACAAGCCUUUGAGAAAAGGUUCGGGGAGAUUGUAAGGGAAGAGCGGCUCCGGAAGAGAACUCGGAGCUCCAUCGGAUUAGGUCGUUUAAUGACGAGGCCGCGCUCUCUCUCCCGGCAGUCUACCGUGACACAGGAACCUGCUCGUCUCUCAGAACCCCCGCUCCAGCUCCGUUCUCCACUUUGGAGAACGCCAGUUGUCCCUAGUAUUCCUCUCCAUCCUGCGAGGUCGCAAGCCCAGAACCAGGAACCUGAUUCAAGGACUGGCCCUCCCGAUGCCAGACAAUCCGACCAACAAGCAGAGCAGAUUCCUUCAGGAGCUAGAGGUGAUGCUGAAUCUGUAGCACCUGACGAAGCACUGCCUAAUGGAUAUCCCCUUGGAGAGCCAAAGAGCAAUACGGAUGCUGAUUCUCAUAUUGCAUUCACUUCUAACGUAUGGAACGGUUCUGAAGAACGAUCAUCUAGCCCACUACGCCGACGCAUGCUCUCACCAUAUGUCAAUGUUCAGAACCUCUCUACUACGAUCGGCCAUUUAGAGCAAGGUCCUUCCGAUGGGGGCUCGGACAGGGAAAGAUUUAAUGAAGCUCAUUUGCACUUUCUGCGCAGAUUUCAUCGAAAUUCCACGCUCUAUAACCUAAGUGAAAUGGAGCGACAAAAGCUUGGAGGCGCCGAGUACCGAGCAAUAUGCUUGUUGUCCAUUAUUGUGCCGACCUAUUUUAUCCUGUGGCAACUCCUUGGGGGGUUAGGGGUGGCAGCGUAUCUUGCAAGGAACAAAGCUUCGUUGACAGAGUCUAAUGGCCUGAACCCUUGGUUUGUUCUCAUUUCAGUGGACCGGCUUCUUUUUUGCGAUUUCUGCAUUCAACAACUCUGGGAUGAGUAUUCUCGAUGCAAACAUGGUUGGUGCUUCAGGAUUUUCUGCAAUAACUCGUUGCGUUUAACCGUCGGACAAGGUUCCAUUUCAAUCGUCGAGGUAUAUGCUUAUUACCAUGGGCUUGUUAAUAUUGGCUGGCAAUACCUGGUAAGGCACCACCAUUUCUUGUUGUCUGGUUCAAUGUUUGGUGUGCUCAUGAGGUCUUGCAGCUAUCCAAUAUUCCUGCGAUGGAUCUUAUAUACAAUCCGCCUGAUACUUCCGGAUAUCGAGUAUUACCAUCGUUUCCGUGACACACUAACCUUCCUCCUGGAUCAUCCCCGGCGAUCUUAUACUGCUUUAUUUCCUUCUGCGCACACGUGGUGGCUCCUACUCUCUGUGGUUGUCUUGAACGGUAUCGAUUGGAUAGCGUUCGAAGUACUCAACAUAGAUAAUCCAGCGGUGGACGCUAUCCCUAGAGGUUCGCGUGUUUUGGAUGGCCUGUUCCAAGCACUGUGCGUUCGAAGUGGGGGCUUCUAUAUUGUCAAUAUCUCGACUCUCCAGCUCGGAACGCUCGUUAUCUAUGUGGUAAUGAUGUAUAUCUCUGUCUAUCCAGUUGCGAUCACGAUGCGGCACUCGAAUUUAUACGAAGAGAGAAGUCUGGGAGUAUAUGCAGAUGACACCUCCGUGAAUGAGGACGAUGUGGAAUCGUCAUCAGGAGCUUCGGGAAAUCGGCCUCCCGUCACACCCGGCCUCGGGAGGAUAUAUUUUAUCCGGCAUCAGCUGCGGGCCCAAAUGGCGUACGACUUAUGGUGGAUCGCCCUGGCUGUCAUCAUAAUUUGCAUCGUCGAGGCGGGCCAGUUCACCCGGGAUCCUAUCACGUACUCUGCAUUCAACAUUAUCUUUGAGACAGUAAGUGCCUACGGAUGUGUCGGGAUAAGUAUUGGCCUUCCCAAUAAACUCUACAGUUUCUCUGGAGGCUGGCAUACCUUGAGCAAGCUUGUCCUUUGCGCUGUGAUGAUUCGAGGCCGCCAUCGUGGCCUACCAGUGGCUAUUGACAAGGCAAUCAUGCUACCAAGCGACAAACUUGUUAAAGCAGAAGAGGAAGACGCCCAGAUCAGGAUAGAACGAACGAUGAGCCGGAGAGCCCGAUGA